AUGUUACCCUAUGAGAAUGCACUUUUCACUGUUUAAGUCACAAGAAAGCAUUUCUUCAAAGACAAAAACUAUUCUUUGUAUUUGUUCUCUGAUGAACUUGUUAUGACUGAUGUAUGAAGUACUUCAAGAUUGAUUAGGACAUCACUAAAUAACCUAAGUAUAAUCUCAAGAUGAAUCUAACAACUACAAUUAAAUGGAUUCUAGAAGAAAAACGUAUUGUUGGUUUUGAAUUCUCAUAUAAUAAUGGCUAUAAGAUAGUUUACGGACCAAAACUCAACUUAUUAAAAGAAAUGAUAGCUGGAAAAAUAUUUUACCAGCCAAUUCUUUCUUUUUAUUAAUUUUAAAUGGAAAUGGGAAGUGGUAUGACAGGAUCUGUCUAUAGAUGUGUUGCUGCAGACAAUGCUAAUUUAUACUAUGCCAUAAAAAAGAUUGAUAAAUUGAAAAUUGCUCAACAUGAAGGUGGAAUUGUAAGAGUUUUUAUCACUAUCAUUUUAUUAGCCUUAAUUAGUUCAUGAACUCUCUUUAUUAUCAUCCCUAUCACAUCCAAACAUAGUCAAACUCAAAGAAACCUAUGCUGACAAUUAAUAUUAUUACAUCAUUAUGGAAUACAUAAAUGGCAGAACCCUAUAUUCAGAACUCUCAAGUAGAUAAUAUGGAUUAUCCAUUGCAGAAACUAUCAAAAUAAUGAAAGUAAAUCAUAUAUCAAAUUAUUUAUAGGAACUUUUAGAUGCUAUAUCAUACAUACAUGAUAAAGGAGUUAUGCAUCGAGACAUCAAUCCACUCAAUAUCAUGAAAGCAGAAACAGUGAAGUUGAUUGAUUUCGGUUUGGCAAGGAAAAUCAAAAACCAAUUGAAUUUUCCAACGUCAGGCACUCCUGGAUACAUGGCUCCUGAGAUCAUUAAUUAUAAUAAAGAUAAAUAGUAUGACGAAAAGGCUGACAUCUAUAGUCUUGGAUGUCUACUCUAUAAAUUGUAAUUAAAAUAUAAUCUUAGAUUAACUGGCGAAAAUCUGUUUAAUACUAAAUCAGCUAAAUAAACUAUUUAUCAAGCUAACAAAGAUGGAUUUUAUGAAUUAAAGAAAUAAAUCUAACAUCCUGAAGUUAAUUCUGUAAAAAUGGAAUAAUUCUUUAUCCUGUUGCCUUAUAUGCUUGAAAUAGAUCCAUCAAAUAGAUUAUCUGCUAAGAUUUGUCUCACUAUAAUAGAAGAAAUUGAUAACAAUAAUCAAAAUAUCGAUAGACUUAUUAAGAAGAUUUUAGUUAGAAAGUCACUUAACACAACAACUAUCGAAGAACAAAGAAGUUGUGAACGUAUAUCUAAAGGAAGGAUUGCCAAAUAAUCUAUGGAUGGAAUCUCUAAAAAAAGUUUGGAUGAACUCUCAAUCUUUACAAAAAAAGUUAUGGUUUAAAAUCAAUAAAAAGUCAUUCUCCCUCAUAAAAAGUAAGCUUGA